GGUUAAAUGAGUGUUCUUGAGUUUACUUCAAGUCUGCUGGAGGAUGAAGAAGAACAAGACUCAACAUAUGAUCGUGGAAAGAAGCGAAUGUUUUCUCGUGAAAUACGUUCAAUGUUGUAUGCUUUUGGAGAUGAUGAAAAUCCAUUGCCUGAAACAGUUUCCUUAGUUGAAGAUAUGGCAGUUCGACAUAUUAUAGAAAUGACUAGAAAAGCAUUAAAAAUUGGUAAACCAGGAAAAAUCUCUGUUGAAGAUGUUACUUAUCUAGUCCGACGUGAUCCUAAGAAAUUCUCUCGAGUUAAAGAGUUGCUCUUGCUCAGUGAAGAACUCCGACGUGCACGCAAAGCAUUUGAAGAAGAUGAGUUUGAUGUGCUCAAAUAAAUAAUUAGUUUAUGACCUGUGUACAUUUGUUUGUAGAUUUCAUUUUAUGUAUCGUCUAUUUUUGUACAACCAAUAACUUAAUAUCUUUCAAUUUCCUUUAUGUGAAGCUGCUGCCAACAAACCCAGUUCCACAAAUUUUUUGUGAAGUCACUAAUAAAAAUUAUUCUUUAAAGAUUUCUGUACAAGAAUGAUUUACAUUCAUUUUCAAACUAUUUUGACAUAUUUUCCUUAAAAUUUUUACAGAGAAUAAGGCUAUUCGAAUCCAUUUAGUUGGGACACUAUUCAAUAAGAACUUAAUAAUAUUAAUACAGCAUCCCGA